AUGUCCAACGCAGAAGUCCUCUACGAGGAUGAAGACAUCCGCUCCUCCCCUGCUCACAUGCAGGUUGUCGAGCUCUCGGCGCUUGGUUCCCAUCCGGCGACCCAAUCCAUCGCCGCCACCCACGCCUUCGAACCCGUUAAGUGUGUCCUCCGCCUGGUCCAACAGGUGUACUACAUUCUGACGAUCCAGUCCGCCCUGGCUGGCCAGCGGUUCUGGGGCGACGCCAAGGCCGAGGCCCAGAACCGAGUCCUCCGUCUCGCCUGGUUGGAGCAGCCACUGCACGCAGUCGAAAACUGCUGGGAGCUGAUCAAACCACAGCUCCUGGGACCGCACAUGAGCAUCUUCGACGUGGUGAAUUGCAAAGCCAUGGUAGCCACGCUCUGGAACCGGCCCGAGUUCCAUAUUGACGGCUUGGGCCCCGACGUUUUACCCAUAUGGGACGAUGUCUCCCUCCCGAAGUUCUUCUCCCGGGACAUCGCCAAGCUGCACUCGGCACCCAUCGUCUAUGACGACCUACCCACCAUCUUCAGGGUCGGGUGCGCUGGACACUACCCCGAACGGUGGGAUCCAGAGGGCCGCGAGUACAGAUACAUCCCCGCCAUCUUCGCUGCUACCCCCGCUGACGAACCAGAAAUCUCCGUGUAUGAGUUGAUCGAGAGCCCGAGCGACGCCGUGUACGCCCUCGUGGCCAUCGUGGAGGAGAGGCGCUGGAAGAAGCCCGCCGUCAAGCGGUACAACCCCCUUGCGUACCGCAUCUUCACUGAGAAGCGCCUCCCCAAGGUCGAAAACGGCCGAAGCCGCUUCAUGAUAUUUUAUGCCAAGUUUCGCAGGGGCGACCUCGACCCGGGCGGUCGGGUCCAGCAGAUGCUCAACAUCGGCGACGGCGACGACGCCCUCGCGCGGCCGGUUGAGGACGCGCUUCCCGGGCUGAUGGAAGGGCUGGAGCUUGGGAGCGGCCAGGCUGAUGAGUUUGGUGCUGGGCAGGAGAUUGCUCAAAUGGAGGGAAAGGAGUGGUCGAACUUCUACUCACAUGAGUGA